AUGAUGAGCACCGGCUGCGACGCAACACCCGCGCCCAACGGCCCACCCUGCGAAGUCCUCCGCCAGGUGGAACGACUCGGUGGUAACCAAACAAUGAUAGACCGAGUCGAUCUUGCAACCGGUUCCACAACACCAUUUUACGUCCUUCACAGCAACGAGGAAGAUAAAACCGUUGCCGUAUUACAUGCGGACCCCCGUGCGCAGGUAUCGAGUGAAGCGCUGGGCACAGCGAAAUAUCACUCCCUGUCGUCCAAAAUCGACGUCGUGCUCCGCGGCAUGCCGAUCAAGAUGAAGACCAACACGAUGGGCAACUCACACAGGUUUGACCAUCAGGGCUUGAGCUAUAGCUGGAGUGUCUCCAAUUUGAGCAUGUCAAUGACCACAAUGUACUUGAAAGAUGCCGGGGGCAAUCUGCUGGCGACGUGGAAAAAGUAUCCCGGAGGGAGGCUGAGCGGCAUGAUUGGACAGUCAGCCCCGACGUUUGAGGUAUAUGUUCCGCCGCAGAGCAUCGAUAUGGACAUGGUCAUUGUGACAGGUUCCGCGGCGAUCGAAUACUGGAUGAAGUAUAAGAAGGAUACCUACGCCGCAAUAGGAGAGGCCUUUGGGGCAGUAUGA